AUGGAUACUCAAGGGGUUAGUGAUAUGCUUGAAAAUGGUGUUAAUGCUGAGGUACCUCCUCAAGAAGGAGGAGAUGUGGUGGCAGUAGCAGCAGCAGCAGUAGCAGCAGUGGAUACAUCUUCUUCUGGUGAUAAGGAUGAGAGCAGUGAAGUUUUAAAUGGAGGUGAUGAUUUUGAAGAUGGGAUUAGAGACGAGCAAGAUGUAGAUGGGCAUCUUGAAAGAAAACGUAAACAUAUUGAAGCUUCUGAUUCAGAUAAUGAAGAUAACGCUGUUGGGGUUGUUAACAAUACUCUUGACAAUAUUAAAACUUUACCACCAUCCGCAGAUGGUGAAAUAGAGUUAGAUUCAUCGACUAGAAGUCGUAGAGAAUUGGAAGAGAAAUUAGAUCGUUUGUUGAAGAAGCCAAAAGUUAGAAGAACUAGAAAAGAUGAAGAUGAUUUAGAGCAAUAUUUAGAUGAAAAAAUAUUACGAUUAAAGGAUGAAAUGAACGUUGCAGCUCAAUUAGAUAUUGAAACUUUAAACAAGAGAAUCGAAACCAACGACAAGGCUUUAUUUGCUAUGCAAAAAGUCAAAUUAUUACCUAAGGUUAUUGAUGUCUUGUCAAAGGCUAAUUUGGCGGACACCAUUUUAGAUAAUAAUUUAUUACAAAGUGUUAGAAUUUGGUUGGAACCAUUGCCAGAUGGAUCAUUGCCAUCAUUUGAGAUUCAAAAAUCAUUAUUUUCUGCAUUAGAUAAAUUACCGAUAAAGACUGAACAUUUAAAAGAAAGUGGUUUAGGUAGAGUGCUCAUCUUCUAUACUAAAUCCAAACGUGUGGAACCUCAAUUAGCUAGAUUAGCGGAAAGACUUAUAGCUGAAUGGACAAGACCAAUCAUUGGCGCAUCUGAUAAUUAUAGAGAUAAAAGAAUCAUGCAAUUGGAAUUCGAUGCUGAAAGAUUUAGAAAGAAGGCUGCAUUAGAUUCUGCGAAGAACAGAAAGAAGAAGAAGUCAGAUGAUGGCAGUACAGCUAAGAAAUCUAAGGGAUCCUCAGCCCAAAGUCUAUAUGAGCAAGCCGCUGCUAGAAGAGGUAGGGCUGCUGCACCAGCUCAAACCACCACCGAUUAUAAAUUUGCUCCUGUUAGUAACGUUGGCAUGGUAUCAACUAAUGCAAGAUCUACAGGUGUCGGAUCCACUUUAAAUAAUAGUGAGAUGUAUAAGAGAUUGACCUCCAGGUUGAAUAAGUCCAAGAAAGCUAAAUAA